AUUACUUUUCUUCCACACAUAUAAAACUUAACUCUCUCUUUCUCUCUUUUGCUUUAACCCUCCCAAAGAAAAGAUAAAGAGCCUUUAAGUUUUUUUUACCUUCUCUUCAUGGACUUGUCUGUACUUGAUAGGCUUAAAUGGCUGCAACAGCAGCAAAUGGUUUCACCUGAGUUUCUUCAGAUACUUGGCUCAGAUGGGAGAGAAGAGCUCAAAAGAGUUGAGAGUUACUUAGGAAACAACAAUGAUGAGCUGCAGAGUUUCAGACAUUUUCCCGAGUUUGGACCGGAUUAUGAUACUACUGAUGGCUGCAUUUCUAGGACAAGUAGCUUCCAAAUGGAGCCAGUGAAGAACAGUGGACAUAACAGAGCCAUUUCCUUGCAGAACAAGAGAAAACCAGAGGGUAAGACAGAAAAGAGAGAGAAGAAGAAGAUCAAAGCAGAGGAUGAAACAGAGUCAAGCAUGAAAGGAAAAACAAACAUGAGCAACACAGAGACAUCUUCAGAGAUUCAGAAACCAGAUUACAUCCAUGUCAGAGCUAGACGAGGUGAAGCUACCGACAGACAUAGCUUAGCAGAGAGGGCAAGGAGAGAAAAGAUAAGCAAGAAGAUGAAAUGUCUUCAAGAUAUUGUUCCUGGAUGCAACAAAGUAACUGGAAAAGCUGGUAUGCUUGAUGAGAUCAUCAACUAUGUCCAAUCUCUGCAACAACAAGUUGAGUUCUUAUCGAUGAAACUCUCUGUCAUAAAUCCAGAACUUGAGUGUCAUAUCGAUGAUUUAUCCGCAAAACAGUUUCAGGCUUACUUCACUGGUCUUCCCGAAGCUGACUCGAAGCAGUCAAUCAUGGCGGAUUUUCGGUCUUUUCCAUUACAUCAGCAAGGAUCUAUAGAUUACUCAGUCUUGAACGGCACUAAAGAUCAGACAUCUUCAAGCUGGGAAACUCACUCACAAUGUCUUUACAACAACUCCAGAACCGAUUCCGUUUCAAAUUUCUUCAGCCUCAAGUAAAAAAUUAGGGAUAGGCUCAUUAAAAAAAAUCGCGGUUUUUUUGUUGUCGUCUUAUCCAUUUAUCUAUCUUAUCUGAAAUUUGAACCAGAAAGACAGAGGAAACCAAUCCAAGGAUCUUUCAAUCUAUUAUCUUCAUACAAAUAUAGAGAUAUGUGUAGAAGAAAGAGAAAAAACUCUUGUGGUCAUAACAAUAUAUUCCUUCUUUUGUAUACUGUAGAAUUAAACAGACAAAAAAAUGGAGAAUCCAGCUGAACUUUUUUAUA